AAAUGAGAGUCUUCCUGUCACAAGCYACAAACAUGCCAAACACUGAAACAUCAGUGAACAUUUGGACAGAAAACUGAGAAGACGGGCAGAUUUAUGCACAUCGUUAAGCUAACAGGUCACUGCUUUUACAGUUGUACCRAGACAUGGAGGGAAACACAACUUUCCCUGUGUUUCCCACUAAUAGCAGCUUCACCAACAGAUCCUGCUCCCGUGAUAAUGCUUUCAAGACGGUGGUUUUACCUGUCCUCUACUCCUGUCUUUUCUUGGUGGGAAUGUCUCUGAAUUGUUUGGCAGCAUGGGUGUUGUUUCACAUCCCCUCUCGCUCUUACUUCAUUAUUUACCUGAAGAAUAUUGUUGUUGCAGAUGUCAUCAUGACGCUGACGUUUCCUUUUAAGGUGCUGUCAGACUCCAACAUGGCAACCACUAACCUGCGGGUAUUUGUGUGCCGCGUCUCCUCGGUGCUGUUUUACCUCACCAUGUACAUCAGCAUCCUUUUCUUUGGCCUCAUCAGCAUCGACCGCUGCAGAAAGACCCUUAAGCCCUUUAAAGGUCUUAAYGCUAACCGACUCACCUGGAGGAAACUUCUUUCAGGAGCCAUUUGGACUUUUCUGCUGAUCCUCUGCCUGCCCAACGUGAUCCUCACGUGUAAAACUCCGACUUCUCCUGAUUUCAAAUGCAGCGACCUGAAGACAGAAAAUGGGCUAUACUGGCAUGAGGUGGUAAAUGAUGUCUGUCAAGUGAUUUUCUGGGUCAACCUGGUGACUGUGUUGAUAUGCUACACUCUAAUCACCAAAGAACUGUACAAGUCCUACUCCCGCACCAAGUCCCACAGCUCUGAAGGGACUGUACCUCUGGCACCAAGAGGGGAAACAAUUCGGAGGCCUCAGGAGACCAAAAGGAAAAAAAUGAAUGCAAACGUAUUCCUGAUUCUAGCGGUGUUCUUUGUGUGCUUUGUGCCUUUUCACUUCGCCCGAGUUCCGUACACCAUGAGCCAGACCCGACCGGUUCUCUUCGAUUGCACGCUCAAGCUUUUCUUCUUUCAGCUGAAGGAAAGCACACUUUUCCUCUCAUCCCUAAAUGCUGUACUGGACCCUCUAAUCUACUUUUUCCUCUGCCGGUCCUUCAGGGCCACUCUAUUUAAGACCCUGCGGCUACCCUCUGGUACAUGCAGCUGGGCAACAGGAACCAGAGACUCAUCUGACUGUGCAUAAAAAAAGAGUAAGACUUAAUGGGAAUUAUUGUGGCAACURCAAAACUGGGUCACUCAUAAAUGGAUCAUUACAUACAGUAUGUACCUUAUUACCAUUCUGGAGGCUAUCCUUAUGUCUUUUGAUUUUCAAAUAUGUAUGUUGCUUUUUCUUACAGCCAUGUGACAAGAAAAUCUUAGCUUUGGGCUUUGAGAAAUUUCAUGAAGAAACAAUAAAAUGAGUAAAAAUACUAACAAUAAUUUUAUUAGUUUUUAAUCUAGUAUGUGGCAAUUUCUAACUGGCAAAAAAAUACAGUUUUUUGCUUUGUUUUUCAACCAUAAACAGCUCACCUAAAGGAAGAGUUCAGUCCGAAAAAGUGGUUAAUAAUUACAAAUAAUUAUUUAACUGUUGCAGAUUGCUGUUUGAAAGACCUCCAUUUGGAUUUAUGUGGUUAGUCAAAGCAUAGCAAGGACCACAAGUUGCGCCAGAAAUGCUAUAGCUAGCUACUGCUGUUUGAAUUUACAAACAAUCAUAGAAUUUUGGUGACUAAGCCAGUAUCAGCUAAACCCAAUGAGCUUUAAGUUGUGAGUAACAAUUAAGUUGUUCCCAUCCCUUAAUUUUGAAUGCCCUGUUGGGUCUUAAUUCUGCAUCUACAGGAAAAGAAAAUGUACAGACAUUUCCAUUAUUCACACAAAACUAGGAAUGAUAUUUGAUUGUAUUUAUAGUUAUGUAUUUUGUUUGAUUAAUAUAAAGUCAGGGAUUGGUACCUGUCAUAGUGUUUAAAUACAUGAUAAAACAUUUAAAAUUUAUAGUAACUAUUUCAUACAGUAUCUCUACUGGAUAAAAUAAUGUGGGAUUUGUUGAAAUCACAACCAUUUGUGUCAAAAAAGAAAGUGUUGGAUUAAAUUUCAGGAUGCAUUCAAAUGCUCCGGUUAGACAUAGAAAAACACAACAAAACACAGCAACAACUGCUUUUUCAAGUAAUGACAAAUGAAAAUCAGGUGCCACUGGGAAGGUUGAAGAGGAAAACAUGCAAAACAGAAAUCAUUCUGGUAUUAAGUUUGGUUGAAGUUCGUUUCGGAAACUGACACUGACGUAAUUAUGAGCAAUAUCAUCUUACCUGUGGAAGAUAUUUUCUAUUUUCUGCUCCUUUUCAUUCAUGACUUAUUUUUUCAUUUUUUUCUUUGAUCUUUGACUUUUGUAUGAA